CCUUGGAAACUAAAARUUGUUCCAAAAUGGCUGCCACUCCAGGUGGAGAAGAGUCGAUGUACGAUAGUGGACGUUUAUCCCUCUUUGAUUUGAUUCAAGAGAAAAAUAGAGCACAAAAUAAGAAACAACUUGUUCACCGCCUGGUUUACAUAUCUAAAAUUCGUCCUGAGGUUGCAGAUAGAAGAGACAUAGGAGCACAUUAUGAAAGACUGUUCAAAAAUUCCCAGAAUCAUUCUCAUGGUGAAGCUGUGUCCGGCUUGCUGCUCAUAUAUCCAGUACAUGUUGUACAUGUUCUUGAAACCUCUGCAAAUGUCUUACAAGAUGUGAUAAGAGAUUUAGAAGAGGAAGAGCAGAGCAUAAGUGGAACAAUAUUUAAUUCUAAGAUACUUGUGUACACUGGRGAUCUUCCAAACAGGCUUUUCACACAAUGGAGCUUUAGGUGUAUCAACCAAUCAGCUGCCAGAAUGCAGGAGUUUACUACCAAUGAACCUAUAAAUGUUGUUGUUAUGGAAGCUCUCAACCUGUUAUUAAAGCUAGGAGAAUAUCUUGCAAAACUACCAAAGUUAAGUCUCAGCAAAACAAUGGAUCAACUUCCUGAAAAAUGUCCUGAGCUUCUUGUUAGACAAGAUUUACUUGAAUAUCUCAUAAAUUCAAAAGAACUUAGCACUCCAUCACAAUACUUGCAAAGAUACACAAGACCACUAAAUGUCACUUUAGAAAGUGAGUUGGUGUGGCCUUUACAGACAAAGCUUGUUCCUUUGAACUAGUGAAAAAAAUGCUAAUUGUAAAUAAUUUUACUAUAAUUCAACAUGUAGAUGACAGAGCAUAUAUACACAAUGUUGAUUUUUCCUUGUAAUUUAAGUGUUGUUAUGUUACAAAUAAUCAAAAAAAAACUUUUUACAGUUUAUCAAAUAAAUGAAGAAUUUUAAUUAAAAUUACCUUUAAGUC